AUGGUCACCGCCACAGCAACCGGCGCAGCCGCCACCUCCACAGCCUGCGGAACCUCCUAUCAAUACGAACUCCCGGUCCACGACGCCGCCUGCGGUGUGCCCAACCAAGCCAAUUACUCGACCGUCUUCGACUCGUGCGCGCUGCCCGCCGGGGUGCGGCCCUACGAUGACGACUGUGCACUCUACGCUCUCGCCGUGGGGCAAUCCGUGCAAGACCUGACCGACUGUCUGUACAAGGGCGGAGUCGCCUGGGCGGAUGUCUGGUGCACUGGCGAUGUCAAUUCCACGGCCACUGCCACUUCC